AUGGAAGCAGUAGCGGAAGGGCUAUGGGGACUGGCGGACCACCACGAGAAGGAAGGGGAGAUAGCCAAGUCCAUAAAGUGUUUGGAAGCCAUUUGCCAGUCCCACGACUCCUUCUUGCCAAUCAUUGAGGUCAAGACCCGUCUUCGACUCGCCACUCUCCUUCUCAAGCAUACCCACAACGCCAAUCACGCUAAAUCCCACCUCGAGCGCUCUCAGCUACUCUUGAAAUCCAUCCCUUCCUGCUUCGACUUGAAGUGUCGCACCUUCAGCUUGUUGAGCCAGUGUUAUCACCUUGUCGGCGCCAUUCAUCGCCAGAAACAGAUUCUUCACAAGGCCCUUGACCUUACUGCUUCUGCCAAUUCAGAUGUAUCCGCAAACCUCUGGGCUUGUAACUUCAAUUCCCAGCUCGCCAAUGCUUUGAUCAUUGAAGGAGAUUGCAGCUCUGCCCUCUCUGUUUUGGAGUCUGGUUAUGCUUCUGCUACUCAACUAUAUUAUCCCCAAUUACAGAUGUUCUUUGCCACUUCGAUCCUUCAUGUGCACCUUAUGCAAUGGCCUGAUGAUAACCUAGUUCAGAGUGCUCUUCACAGAUGCGACGAGAUUUGGGGCUCGCUCUCCCCGGAUAAAACAGAACAAUGCUUAGGCUUGUUCUUUUACAAUGAACUCCUACACAUAUUCUAUCUACUCCGUGUCUGUAAUUACAAGAGCGCUACCCAGCAUGUGGACAAGUUGGAUGCUGCUAUGAAGGCAGACUUGCAGAAAAUGAGAGAAAUACAGCGACUGUCCAAUGAACUUAAUGCCAUCAGUCAAAGUUUGUCGAGGUCUGACCUACCAAACAGAGAGAGGUUACUACUCUCUACCAAGCAAGCCCAUCUUCAAGAUCAGAUCACAAGUCUGAGUGCAUUUAGUUCCUUCCUAGAGCAACCUCUGGAACCUGCCUACUUUGGGAAUGCAUCUCGAGCAUGGCAAGAUAAGCUUUUCCUAGCACCUCCUCCUGUUGAUGGGGAGUGGCUGCCGAAAAGUGCUGUGUACUCUCUGGUUGACCUUAUGGUGGUUGUGUUCGGCCGUCCAAGAGGGCUAUUCAAGGAGUGUGCAAAGCGGAUUCAAUCUGGAAUACAAACUAUCCAAGGAGAGCUGGCAAAACUUGGGAUCAAUGAAGGUGUUAGAGAAGUGGAUGUGCAGCACUCUUCGAUUUGGAUGGCUGGCGUGUAUUUGAUAUUGCUAAUGCAGUUACUGGAGAACAAUGUUGCCUUGGAGCUUACUCGGUCUGAAUUUGUUGCUGCACAACAGACAUUGCUGCGAAUGAAAGAUUUGUUCGUUCGCUUUCCAACUAUCUUGCAAGGUUGUGAGAGUGUUAUCGAGUUGCUCAGGGGCCAAUAUGCUCAUUACGUUGGUUGUUAUAGUGGAGCCGCUUUUCAUUUCAUCGAAGCAGCAAAGAUGACGGAGAGUAAAUCUGUGCAAGCUAUGUGCCACAUUUAUGCUGCUAUCUCUCAUUUCUGCAGUGGGGAUGCUGAAUCAUUGGCACAGGCACUUGAUCUGAUUGGACCAGUUUAUAGAAUGAAAGAUUCUUAUGUUGGGGUGCGAGAGGAGGCAAAUGUGCAUUUUGUGUAUGGCCUUCUAUUGGUCAGGCAGAAUGAUUACGAAGAAGCACGAACUAAGUUGGCUAAAGGAUUGCAGAUUGCACAUACUAGCACAGGGAAUCUUCAACUCAUUUCACAGUAUUUGACCAUUCUUGGGCAUUUGGCACUCUCCCUGCAUGACACUAUACAAGCUAGAGAAAUUCUGAGAUCUGCCCUUACGCUGGCAAAGAAGCUUUAUGAUGUCCCGACUCAGAUAUGGGUGCUUUCGGUUCUGAAAGAUUUGUAUCAAGGGUUAGGUGAGGUUGGAAAUCAGAUGGAGAAUGAUGAAUACCAGAAGAAGAAGUCAGAUGAGCUUCAAAGGAAAAUCGCUGAUGCACAAUCAUCAAUACACCACCUUGAACUGAUUGAGCAGUCAAGGUUCAAAGUCAUUGACAUGAAGCGUGGUGUGGCAGCAAGCCAAUCUAUGAGUGCCAAUCUUGACAUUCCUGAAUCUGUUGGUCUAUGGACUACUCAGCCGGGUUCGUCAUCAUCAAGGUUGCUCGACGUCGAUAGCAGAAGACGGCCCAAGAGAAGGUGA